CGCUCGUGCGCCCAGUCAGGCUGCUUCCACGUCACGCGCCAGAGACUACAUCAACCGCGGACUCUCAGGAGAGAAAAGAGCAGAAAACAGCGACAACGGCCAUAACGGAAUUCUGGUAACCCUAGUUAGUCAGGGGUGUCUUCUAAAGGGAAGAGGAUCUGCCUGACACCAUGACAGCAGCGGAAAAUGUGUGUUACACCCUGAUCAAUGUCCCUGGUGACACGGAGCCCCCCUCAGAAGUCAGCCUCAAAGCUGAUUUAGAAAAGGGGGAGAUUAAAGCAAAGACAGAGGCUCUGAAGAAGGUGAUCAUUAUGAUCCUGAAUGGGGAGAAGCUUCCAGGCCUCUUAAUGACCAUUAUCCGCUUCGUGCUGCCACUCCAAGACCACACCAUCAAGAAGCUGCUCCUGGUGUUCUGGGAAAUUGUUCCCAAGACGACUCCCGACGGCAAACUGCUCCAGGAGAUGAUUCUGGUUUGCGAUGCCUACAGGAAGGACCUGCAGCACCCCAAUGAGUUUAUCCGUGGAUCCACGCUGCGCUUCCUGUGCAAGCUGAAGGAGCCGGAGCUUCUGGAGCCGCUGAUGCCAGCCAUCCGUGCCUGCCUGGAGCACCGGCACAGCUACGUACGCCGGAACGCUGUCCUGGCCAUCUACACCAUCUACAGAAACUUUGAGAAUUUAAUCCCUGAUGCUCCAGAGUUGAUCCACGACUUCCUUGUGAAUGAAAAAGACGCCAGCUGCAAAAGAAACGCUUUUAUGAUGCUGAUCCAUGCUGACCAGGACAGAGCCCUUGAUUACCUGAGCACCUGCAUUGACCAGGUGCACACGUUUGGAGACAUUCUGCAGCUCGUUAUUGUUGAGCUGAUCUAUAAGGUGUGCCACGCGAACCCCUCUGAGCGUGCGCGUUUCAUCCGUUGCAUCUACAACCUGCUGCAGUCGUCCAGCCCGGCCGUGAGGUACGAGGCUGCCGGUACUCUAGUCACCCUGUCCAGCGCUCCCACAGCCAUCAAGGCUGCCGCUCAGUGCUACAUUGACCUGAUCAUUAAGGAGAGCGACAACAACGUCAAACUCAUUGUGCUGGACAGGCUGAUUGAACUGAAGGAGCACCCCACUCAUGAGCGUGUGCUGCAGGACCUGGUCAUGGACAUCCUGAGAGUCUUGACCACCCCCGACCUGGAGGUCCGGAAGAAAACGCUACAACUGGCCCUGGACUUGGUGUCAUCCCGUAAUGUGGAGGAGUUGGUCAUUGUGCUGAAGAAAGAGGUGAUCAAAACCAACAACGUAACAGAGCACGAGGACACGGAUAAAUACAGGCAGCUUCUGGUGCGAACGCUCCACUCCUGUAGCGUGCGCUUCCCUGACAUGGCUGCCAACGUCAUCCCCGUGCUGAUGGAGUUCCUGAGUGACACUAAUGAGGCGGCAGCAGCAGCUGACGUGCUGGAGUUCGUCCGUGAGGCCAUCCAGAGGUUCGACAACCUCCGACCUCUCAUCAUCGAGAAGAUGCUGGAGGUCUUCCAUGCCAUCAAGACGGUCAAGAUCUACCGCGGAGCGCUGUGGAUUCUGGCAGAGUACUGCAGCACCAAAGACGACAUCCAGAGUGUCAUGACAGAAGUGCGCAGGUCACUCGGAGAGAUUCCCAUUGUGGAGAACGAGAUAAAGAAGGAGUCUGGCGAGGUGAAGAGUGAGGAGGAGGUGAACGUGGCACCUGCCCAGAGGCUCGUCACCGAGAUGGGCACCUACGUCACCCAGAGUGCUCUCAGCUCCUCGCGACCCUCCAAGAAAGAGGAGGACAGACCUCCGCUGAGGGGUUUUCUCCUGGAUGGAGACUUCUAUGUCGCUGCCUCUCUUGCAACGACACUGACCAAGAUAGCCCUGCGUUAUGUAGCCAUCGUUCAAGACAAAAAGAGGCAGAAUUCAUUCGUGGCGGAGGCUAUGCUGAUCAUGGCCACUGUGCUGCACCUAGGCAAGUCCUCCUUGCCCAAGAAGCCCAUCACAGACGACGACGUGGACCGCAUCUCGCUGUGCCUCCGCGUGCUCUCCGACUGCCCGCCCCUCAUGAGUGACAUCUUCAACCGUGAAUGCCGUAGGUCCCUCUCGCACAUGCUGGCCGCCCGCCUCGAGGAGGAGAAGCUCUCCCAGAAGAAGGAAUCGGAGAAACGUAACGUGAUGGUCCACGCAGACGACCCCAUCUCCUUCAUGCAGCUGACUGCCAAGAACGAGAUGACCUCUAAAGAAGACCAGUUCCAGCUCAGCCUGCUGGCUGCCAUGGGCAACACACAGAGGAAGGAGGCCACCGACCCCCUCGCCUCCAAACUCAACAAGGUGACACAGCUGACAGGUUUCUCAGACCCGGUCUACGCUGAGGCCUACGUCCACGUCAACCAGUACGACAUAGUGCUGGAUGUACUGGUGGUCAACCAAACCAGUGACACCCUCCAGAACUGCACUCUGGAACUGGCCACACUUGGUGACCUGAAGCUUGUGGAAAAACCGUCUCCUCUGACGCUGGCACCACAUGAUUUUGCCAACAUCAAGGCCAACGUCAAAGUGGCCUCCACUGAGAAUGGCAUCAUAUUCGGAAACAUCGUGUAUGACGUGUCUGGGGCGGCCAGCGACAGGAACUGCGUGGUGCUCAGUGACAUCCACAUCGACAUCAUGGACUACAUCCAGCCAGCCUCCUGCACAGACGCAGAGUUCCGGCAGAUGUGGGCGGAGUUUGAGUGGGAGAACAAGGUGACGGUCAACACCAACAUCACCGAUCUGAACGAGUACCUUCAACACAUUCUUAGUUCCACUAACAUGAAGUGCUUGACUCCAGAGAAGGCACUGUCUGGCUUCUGUGGCUUCAUGGCGGCAAACCUCUAUGCACGCUCCAUCUUUGGAGAAGACGCUCUGGCCAACGUCAGCAUUGAGAAGCCCAUCCAUCUGGGUCCGGAGGCACCAGUGAGCGGACACAUUCGCAUCCGGGCCAAGAGCCAGGGUAUGGCCUUGAGUCUGGGUGACAAGAUCAACCUCUCUCAGAAGAAGACUGUCUCAUAAAAACAAACCGAGGUCACGGUGGUGAAAGGGAGAAGUGACCUGGUGGCACAGUGGUGAUCUCGCUGUCCUCCAUCUUCGCACUCGUGUCCUGUACACGCAGCGCUUGGUGAACCGUUCCCGUAGUCCCCCUGAAGAUGUGCAAGUGGGUUACUUAGCCUUUCUGCCCAUGAAACUAUUGUCUAUCACUCACAGAGGACUGAGUCCUCGUUCAGCUGUAAACUCUUUCAAUAAACAUUGCUCCACGUA